AUGACGCUCGAGCCGCUCGAGCCGCGACGCGCGCCCGCCGUCGCGGACACCGAUGCGCUGGUGGCGCUGGCGCAUCGCGCGCGGUCCGGGAACGAGUGCACGUGCGCCACGGGGCGAGGAACGAUCGUCAACUUUGACUUGCGCGAACCGAACGACGCGCGCGCGUUCGUCGUUCGAGGCGCGCGCAGGCGCGAAGUCAACGCGCUGACGUGGCGAAACGAACACGCGCUGUUUCACGCGUCCGAUGCGGUCGUCGUCGAGUUGGAUGCGCGUAAGAUGAGCGCCGCGGGCGACGCGGCGGUGAUUCGGCGGUUCGAGGGCGCCGGAGACGUCGUCAACGGCGUCGACGUCGAUCAAGACGACGCGAUGCUCGCGGCGUGCGACGACGCGGGCGAGGUGAUCGCGUACGAUUUGUCCAACGGGGAAAUUUUGCGAAAGCUUCGCGGACACGAUGGGUGCGUCACGGCGGUGGCGUUUCGAAGGAAACGCGGCGCGAGCGAGUGCGCGACGGCGUCGACGGAUUGUCGCGCGAUGAAGUGGGACGUCAAGGCGAAGAGCGUGCCCGUGCGGACGUGGGACGCGAGGAACGUGCUGAGCGCAGAGGAUUAUGAUUGUGGAAAGAUUACCGCGCGCGCGGAAGACGAGUCAGCGUCGAUCGACGCGGGCGCGAGCGCAAAGGCGUUCAAUCCGCCGAUGCUGCACUCGUUGGCGUUUUAUCGAGGCGAGACGAGCGAAGAAAACGCACCGGGCCUUCGCCGCGUCGCCGUCUCCGCGUGUGGUGAUGGAUCGGUGAUCGUCUUCGAUAUCGAUCACCCCGGCGUGAGCGGUGGAUCGCGCGCAUCGAAAGGUAAGAAGAAAUCGUCGCUCGCGAGCGCCGGACCGUUUGCCGACGGCAGAGUCGAAUGCGUCCGCCUCGGCGCUGACGGCGUCAGGGGUCACACCAACGCGGCGACGUGCGCUGAUUUCGUGCCUUGGAACAGAACGGGCGACGUCAUCGUGUCCGGUGGCGCGGAUCGUCGCUUAUUGGUUUGGAAUUGGGUCGACGAGGCGAGCCACGCCGCGAGAGGCCUGCCCGUCGCGUCGAUCGAGCGCGAUCGCAAGAUCAACGACCUCGCCUUCGCCGCGGACUCUCGCGCGAUUUGCGUCGCCGACACGAGUCCGACGCUUAAACUAUUCGCACUGCGCUAG